AUGUCCAGUUCUGCCGGUCCACCCAUAUUCACGGAAACAUCUGCGUACUCACUAGCAUUUGUUGCCAUUGUUGGUGUCGUCGCCUACGUCUCGUCUAAUACUUUACUUCCGAAGAACGCGAGAUGGCAGGAUCGCUUUGCGUUUAUCUGGCUGGCGUUCGAUGCUAUGAUACAUUUUACCUUCGAAGGCUCAUUCCUCUGGUUGUCCACCUUCGGAAGGCAAGUCAACACUAGUGUUGGACCAUUCGCCGAGUUAUGGAAGGAAUAUGCGCGAGCAGAUGCACGCUGGGGGUUUUCUGAUCCAACCGUCGUCUCCCUUGAAAUCCUGACUGUCCUAGGAGCGGGCCCAAUGUGUUGCUACAUUCUCAAGCAGCUAGCCCAGGAUGAUCCUGCUAGACACUACUGGAUCGUUGUCCUCAGCACCGCGGAGUUAUACGGAGGCUGGAUGACCUUCUGCCCUGAGUGGUUGACCGGCAGCAAGUAUUUAGAUACAUCAAAUAUCUUAUAUUUCUGGGUGUAUCUUGUUUUCAUGAACGUCAUUUGGGUUUUGGUCCCUCUGUGGUUGAUGGUAGAUUCAUACGGACACAUUGCUCGUUCUCUACGGGCGUCACAAGCCGCUGCCAGGACCAAGAAACAGUAG